CAAUGAUUGUCCAAACUAACACCGCAGGUGAGUCAGCCUCCUUGGUUGAUUGAUUUUAAUUUGGUAAACGUAGAGAGGUGUAACUCGGGCGACACUGAGAGCAGCCUUAUGUUCGUACGAGCACUUGCCGACACUUUGGCCUAUCCAUCAUCAAGGACAAACAACUCACAAUACGGCUCACAGCUCCCGUGAAGCAUGAAGGUACAGUUUCUGAUACCUGUGGCAUUAGUCGUGUCUGUCGCUUUGGUUGGGGUCAUGAAAAUACGGCAAAAAGAGCAGGAGAAGGAGGAAAAACGGAACAAGUUUAUAGACAUCAAGCUGCGGGUGUCCUACGAUGUGCUGGGAGAGUAUCAGAGCGAUAAGGCAGAGACGGAGACCAAGCUGGAGAAGACCCAAACUGAGCUGAAAGCGCUGAUAGAGGAAGCGAACAUGGCCCAGGCCAAAGCCGAUAAGGCGAAGGGUGAAGUGGACAUCUGCCAGGGAGGCCAGAAAUUGGCAAAAGAUGGGCUGGGAUCAUUAGAGACAGAAAUAAAUAAUCUCAAAGCUGAACAUGAUAAGGAGAAGACCAGCUGGACAACACAACUGGAAACACAGAAACAGCAACUAGCAGCACGGAGCACAGUGUGUAACUUUUUGAAAGCAGACUCACAUGUAGCAAGCAAUCUGUGUGGAGUGAUUGAGGCCCCUAAACCAGAAGCACCUAAAGCAGAGGCACCUAAACCAGAAGCACCUAAAGCAGAGGCACCUAAACCAGAAGCACCUAAAGCAGAGGCACCUAAACCAGAAGCACCUAAAGCAGAGGCCCCUAAACCAGAAGCACCUAAAGCAGAGGCCCCUAAACCAGAAGCACCUAAAGCAGAGGCCCCUAAACCAGAAGCACCUAAAGCAGAGGCUCCCAAGAAGAGAUGAGGUAUUCCAACCUGUGUUUUUCAAUCAACAACACUUCAUCUGUUUAAAAAAAGUCAGUUUUUGAUACUAUGCAACCAGAUUUCAACACAUACAGGUAGGAGCUGUAGUAGGACUACUUAGGCCUAUAAUGGGAUGUUAAUGAGUAUUCCAUCUGUUAUUUGAUUUUUAUACAAGAAAAUUAAGAAUGAAAUUACAUUUUGAUGUGGGCAUAUGUUUUUGUGUUUGUUUUGUGUGUAAGUUGGUGCAAAAUGCUUUUGUAAUAAACUGAUUAUGUUUUGUGCUGGCCAGGUUUAAAGGGUUGACUGACAUUUGAACUUUUAAGAAACCCUAUUAUUAUGUCAUUAUGCUCUACACAUAGCAGACUGUACACAAUUGUGUACUGCCAUUCCUCCCUUAAUAGAUUUGUUUUAUAGCUAUAUAUAUUAUCAUGUCAGUUAUUUGACUGCAUGUAAAUAGGGGACUAAGAAAUACAAAUAAGUCUGAACCAGGAAAAGAG